GGUAAUGAGCUUCAUAAGGGCAAGUCCCAUGCUUGAGGGCUCAGCACAUCAAACUGCCAGUCCCAGUGUUUGUGACAACAUCAACACCAGUCCAGGUGAGGAUGUAAAAUGACCUUCAUUUUUAAGUCCAAUGCCUUAUAUCAGCUUUUCAUGGACUUUUUAGAAACUUUUUGUUUUAAAGUGUUUUCUUUUUUUUGUAAUUGUUCAAGACAAAACUAUUCCCAGAGACUCUAAUCCACCCUCACCCCAAAUCAUGGCUUCCACAGAGCCUUGAGUUUCCGUGGAGAGUCUCAGGGAUUGCCUCUUUUUUUAACCAAAAGAAUCUGAGAUAUGUAGCAUUACAGAUGCUUGAGAAAUCUUUCUAUAUUACUAUUUUUAAGAUAGUAUAUAAGCAGAGGCAGAUCAGACAUCUGCCUCUCUUACUUUAAUCAAAGUAGUUCCAUUUUUUAUCCUGUUUUUUUUGUGUGUGUGUGUGUGUGUUGGACUGUCACAUAAUACUCUAUUUGAAGAAAAUGUUCUGUUGAUAAAAGUUUAAUUUAAAAAUCACUCUUCUGUAAACUGAUAUCCCAGUGUUUGACUCCCAGAUUCUAACACUUGGUGAAAUAAGGGCAAUGUAGUGAACUUCUCAUAAAACUACAUUUAUUUUGUUUUUGAAUUCUAGAGUAGAGCUCUCCUGUAUUUUAUUUGUGUGAGUGUUUUUAAAAGUCCUACCAUUAUUGCAUAUAUGAAUAUUUAUUUUAAUAUCCUUAACUUGUAUGAAUUAAAAUACUGAUAACCCUUCAUUACUUUUGAAAUUUUACCACUUAUAAAACUGUCUUAGUUUACCAGGGCUCCUAUGACAAAUACCACAGGCUGGUUGGCUUAAACAACAGGAAUUAAUUAUCUCACAGUAUGGGAUGCUAGGAGUCCAAAAUGAAAGUGUUGGCAGGAUCAUGCUUUCUCUCAAGUCUGUAGGGUUCUGGUGGGACUUGCCAACAAUCCGUAACCCAGUCUCUACCUCCAUUGCAUGGGCAUCACGUUCUUUCUCCUACCCCUGACUGUGUCCAAAUUUCCUUUGCUUAUAAGGACUCCAGUCAUACUGGGUUAAGGCCCACCUUAAUACUGUUUGGCCUUCUCUUAACUAAUAGGAUCUUCAAAGAUCCUGUUUACAAACAGGUUCACAUCCACAGGACUGGGGAUUAGGACUUGGGCAUGUCUUUGCUGGGGACAUGAUUUAGUCCAUAACAAAAUCUAAAGGUUUGGGAACCACUAGAACAUGUGAAAACUGACUCUAGAACUGAUUCUCCUGAAAGCACUCUGGGAAUGACUAUAUCCAUUCUGCUGUGCUAACUUGUGUGUUCUGGAGCAGUGGUUCAUAACCAUUUUAUUUGUCUUAGAAAUACCUGGGGGAUCCCACACAUUCCAGUCAGUAAACUCAAUAAGGCAGUUUCUAUAAAUUGACACAUGCUCUCUUGCCCCCAUCUCGAGAUUCUAAGCUCCACCUUUCACCUUUGAGGUUCAGUACUUCAGAAUAUUAGGAAACUGGUAGGAAGAGACAUGAGGCUUAGUGUUGAAGUGAGUUGUUUGAACAUCUAUGUUUUUAUUAAAUUUUUAAAAAUAUGUAACAGAAUGGCUUCAAAAAAAGCUCUGGUCAUCCUAGCUAAAGGAGCAGAGGAGAGGAAGAUGGUCAUCCUUGUGGAUGUCAUGAGAUGCGCUGGAAUUAAGGUCACUGUUAUGGAUCUGACUGGAAAAGAGCCAGUUCAGUGUAGUCGAGGUGUUGUUAUUUGUCUUGAUGCCAGUUUUAGGGAUAAAAAAAAAAAAAAGAAAAAAAAAAAACAGGCACCAUAUGACAUGGUGGUUCUGCCAGUAGAUAAUCUCAGUGCAAAGAAUAUAUCCGAGCCUAGUGCUGUGAAAGAGUCACUGAAGAAACAAGAAAAGAGGAAAGGCCUCAUGGCUGCCAUCUGUGCAGGUGCUAUGGCUCUGUUGGCUUGUGAAAUAGGUUUUGGAAACAGAGUUGCAACACAUCCACUUGCUAAAGACAAAAUGAUGAAUGGAAAUCACUGUAGCUACUCAGAGAACUGUGUGAAGGAUAGCCUUAUUCUUACCAGCCAUGGUCCUGGAACCAGCUUUGAGUUUGCUCUUGGUAUUGAGGCACUGAGUGGCAACGAGGUGACUGACCAAUUGAAGGCACCACUUGUUCUUAAAGAUUAGUGGAGAAAUAUAUGAUGAUGAGUUAGAGAAAUAGACUGUAUGUAAUCUGUUUUCAUUGUUAGAUUUCAAAAAAAAAUGUUUGGCUCAUGUGCAAAGAUGAGACCAUUACUGUCUUUUGUGAAAGAACAAUGAGAAAAAGAUGUCUUAACCUUCACUUUUUGUGUCCAUACAUUUCUGAACCUUGUAUGUAGGAUAAACAGGUUAUUUCAACAAACUACUGAUUGUUGUUUCUUUGUGAAAUCAAAUUCAUCAUCAGCUUCAUUGGCAGCUCUUACCUGUUGAUAGAGCUACUGAAAUAAGAGAAUAGUGAAUGCAUUUUGCAUGGCAAGUAGGAAAACCAUAAAAGCAAAGAUUUAAGAGGCUUAUGAUUUUCUCCCUUUCAUUAACUGUACUUUUAAUGUGCUAUUAAAGAAUAUCAAUGAAAUUGG